AUGAAUGAAGGGAAGCAGUAUUGUGAAGAUAAGCCAUCCAAAUCCAAAAUGGGCACCAUGGUUACCUCAUUAGUGAAUUGCCCUCAAAAUCCUUCUAAGAAGAAAAAAGGAUGCUCCAAAAGAGCACGUGUUAUCCUUGCCUCUGUAGAAGAUGCAACUUGGAAUUUAUUGGACAAAGGAGAGAAAAUUGCUAAAGAUGCCCCCAUCUUAACUGAGGAACUUAAUGCUGCACUUCACGAUGUUCGCAAAGAAAGUGAAUCCUUAAAAGUAACAGCAAAAAAAUUCACAGAUGAUCCUUGUUAUUUGCCCAAAAGGGAGGCAGUUGUUCAAGCAGCACGGGCUCUUCUUGCUGCUGUUACAAGACUUCUUAUUCUGGCUGACAUGAUUGAUGUGUCCUACCUGUUGCAUCAUCUAAGCACCGUACAAAGAACAUUUCUUUCUCUUCAAAAUGUAUCCAGUAAAUCUGAACUGCAGAGAACAUAUAAAAAUCUUCGGAAAGAACUGGAACAGCUUGACCGUUUGGCAUAUAAACGGCAGCAGGAUUUAAAAUCAAACAAUCAGCGAGAUGACAUUGCGGCAGCACGUGCCUCUCUGAAGGAAAAUUCAUCUCUUCUUCAUUCAGUUUGUUCUGCUUGUUUGGAACAUUCAGACGUAGCAUCUCUUGUAGCCAGCAAGGACUCAGUUUGCAACGAAUUACAGAAUGCCCUGAACAUCCUUUCGAAUGCUUCUCAAGGAGUUAGUGAUCAAAAAGUUCAGCCAGCAUCACCAUCAGCCACGCUUGGAAGUGCUCUUGAUGAACUCGAGAAUCUGGUUGCCUUGAAUCGCCUUGCUUUGAAUGACGACAAAAUAAGGCCAUCACUGGAGAAGCGUUUAGAAGGGAUUAUCAGCGGGGCUGCUUUUUUAGCAGACUCCUCCUGCACACGUGAUCUUCACCGAGAACGCAUUAUCACUGAGUGCAAUGCUAUUCGCCAGGCUCUUCAAGAUCUCCUUUCAGAGUACAUGACUAAAGCUGACAAAAAAGAAAAAAGUAACGCAUUGAAUAUUGCAAUAGACAAUAUGUGCAAGAAAACAAGAGACCUCCGUCGGCAGCUUCGCAAAGCUAUCAUUGAUCAUAUCUCAGACUCAUUCUUGGAUACAACUGUCCCACUUCUAGUGCUCACUGAAGCAGCUAAAAAUGGACGAGAAAAGGAAAUAAAGGAAUACGCAGCUAUAUUUCAAGAACACACAUGCCGGCUUAUUGAGGUGGCUAAUCUUGCUUGCUCGCUAUCCACAAACGAAGAUGGAAUUAAAAUUGUCCAAAUGGCAGCCAGUCGUAUAGAGACUUUGUGCCCCCAGGUUGUCAAUGCUGCUUUAGCUCUUGCUGUCAAACCCAAAAGCCAGGUGGUGAAAAGCAGCAUGGAAAUGUAUAAGAACACAUGGGAGAAUCACAUACGUGUGCUCACUGAAGCCGUGGAUGACAUUACAAGCAUUGAUGAUUUUCUUGCUGUAUCAGAAAGCCACAUCCUUGAGGACGUAAACAAGUGCAUCGUUGCCCUAAGGGAACAGAAUGCCAAUGAUUUGGAUUGUGCCGCUGGAGCCAUCCGUGGGCGGGCCACCAGAGUGGCACAUAUUGUUUCAGGUGAAAUGGACAGUUAUGAACCUGGAGCUUACACUGAAGAAGUAAUGAAAAAUGUGCAGCAUCUUACCAAUGCAGUGAUUCCAGAAUUUAUCACUCAAGUCAACACUGCACUGGAAAAUUUAAACAGGGGUACAAUUCAUCUGUUUGAUGAUAAUCAGUUUGUGGACAUCUCUAAGAAGGUUUACGAUACCAUUCAUAAUAUCAGAUGUUCCGUUCUGAUGAUUCGGCAUUUCUUAUGCAUAAGGGAAAUGGGCAAACAAGGGAAAUGGACAAACUUCCAUAUUGUAAAAGUUGCUGAUGGAGAAAUUAAAUUUAAAAAUUGUUACCACCUCUCCCAAUACGUUCCCCAAAGAGCAUUACACUCAGCAAAUAAAAACGUGCUGGUGGUCCCUGGCCAAAAAGCUGUCCAACAGGCUUCAACAAGGACCAGAGCCUUCUUGGCUCCAGCCCUGGCCUGGUGGAAUGCUCUGUCAAGCGAGGCCCAGGUCUUGCAAGGCUUAUCAGUACUCAGUAUUCAAGCUGGAAGUGGAAAACUGGACAGGGUGAAGAUGACUCAGUUACCAGAGGCUGAGAAACAAAAGAUAGCAGAACAGGUGGCUGACUUCAAGAAAGUUAAGAGUAAGCUCGACGCAGAGAUUGAGAUCUGGGAUGAUACCAGCAAUGACAUUAUUGUUCUGGCUAAACGGAUGUGUGUGAUCAUGAUGGAGAUGACAGAUUUCACAAGGGGUAGAGGGCCACUGAAGAAUACAUCAGAUGUGAUCAAUGCCGCAAAAGUGAUAUCGGAGUCCGGAUCCAGGAUGGAUAUGCUUGCAAGGCAAAUUUCUGACCAGUGUCCAGACCUAUCGUGUAAGCAGGACUUACUGGCUUACCUGGAGCAGAUCAAACUCUACUCCCACCAGCUUAAAAUCUGCAGUCGAGUUAAAGCUGAGAUCCAGAAUUUAGGCGGUGAGCUCAUUGUGUCAGCGCUGGACAGUGUGACUUCACUCAUUCAGGCUGCCAAAAACUUAAUGAAUGCCGUGGUGCAGACAGUGAAGAUGUCCUAUAUCGCCUCUAUGAAGAUUAUCAGAAUUCAAAGUCCUGCUGGCCCGCGACACCCUGUGGUGAUGUGGCGGAUGAAGGCUCCAGCAAAGAAGCCUUUGAUUAAGAGAGAGAAGCCGGAGGAAAUCUAUGCAGCUGUCAGGAAAGGUUCGGCUAAGAAGAAAAUUCAUCCCGUUCAAGUCAUGAGCGAAUUCAGGGGAAGACAAAUAAACUGAGAUUAUUAUUCUGUCCACCACAAAAGGUUUCAUAUGCCGAAACGUUGACCUUUCCAAAUAGUUUUCCCCCCUCUUGUUUAAUUCCACAAGAAACAGUAGCCACUGGCAAUUUCUUUUCAGAUGUUUUAACAUUUAUGGGAGGUCAUUUUUACAUUCAGGAGCUCCCUCAGGCACACAUGCAACCCACUUUCAGGAUUUGCUUCCAUCCACUUUUAACAGGAUUUACACACGUGCUUGAAUUUUGCUCACUAAUGCAUUCGAUUUAGCAUCUUAACACUUUGGAACACACCAUUAGGAGAGGGGUGCGCUGGACAACAGAUGAAUCAUGGCUACAUUUAAUAGCGAUAGUAUUUAUUAUUUACUCAGAGCUUCAGCAUGUUUAAAGUACUAUAUAUUUGCUAUCUUUAUAACCAUCACAACCACCCAACAAAAAGACUGUGUGGCCUCCAUUUUUGAAAAAAGAUGCUGGGACAGCUUGCCCAAGGUCACUUGGUAACCUCAGGGUUGGGAACCGAACAAGGAACGCUUCCAUUUAUCCACUGUGUAUUUAUCUGGUUAGACCAGCUUCUUGUCCGUGUUACGAAAUACUGACCUGAUUAAAACCAAUGGGUGUUUUUCAGAAAAUCAUACCAGAAAAUGCUCAGCAAAGGAUAAUGUGUAAUUGGCCUAGCUCUUCAAGUGAUAGAGAUCAAUACGGGUGCAGGAUGUGCAGAGCUUCACAUUCUAGCAGGGGAUACUAAAAGCUCACCUUUCCUUCUACUGAGUGUUGGAUGCUCUCAUCCAAGGUCUUUAUGGGGCAUAAAAUAACAGUUGUGUCUGCAGAUUCAUCAUUAUGCUACAUAACAUGAACGUAAGGUUAAAAUAGCAUGCACAAUAGAAUAGACCAGUUUCUCUUCAAGAGGAAAAACACACUUUUUCUGGUUUUUAAGACGCAACAACGCUUCACAUCUGUUGCAGUGGUUGCUAGGAAACUGCUAACAAUAUCCUAGAAACAGUGUAUUAGAGAUUGGGCCUCAAUGUUCCUGUGAAGUUGGCAGGGAUAGGUAAGGUUGGAAAGAUCUGUGCUUCUUCUGCUUAGAUCUUCUUUUAAUGAACUGCAUCAAGGGCAUUGAUACAAAAAGAACUUCCCAUGGCUCCCUCCCUCACAAGAGGGUAAAUGGACAACUGUUACUCCUUGAAGGUAUAGACGGUAGCCCUGCAUACCUGAUAGGAUAUUUGAAUCUCAUGGAAGAUGUGUUGGAUUUUAAGACAUCAGAGGAAUUUAACCUUUGCCCAGAUCAUACAAGGUUUCUGCCCCACUCCCCACAAGAAUGAGUUUCCUAAUGUGGGGGUAAAAAGCAAAAGGCUCCAGUUUUGGAAGUCAGUCUCCAUCUGACUAUUUUUUAUCUAAUCCAUAUGAGGUGCAAUUGUCACCAUUCGAAAAAAGAUAAGUCGUGAUCACUUGAGUCCAUCGAAACCAAGCACCAUAAAAGAAUUAAUCACAUGACCUGCUGCAGCCAUUAAUAGGUUACUAAUUGUUUAUUGGUAGGAAACAAUAAAGGAGAAGGGAUAGGGCUGUAAAUCACAACCUUUGAAAAUAUGAAUCUGAAUUGGAAGUAAGCAUAUGAAUUAGGCCUUAAAAUUGAGCCCUCUGAAACAAGAGUUCUGCAAGGCUAGUUAUAGCUCUGGAAGGAGAAGAAGCAUGGCAUAGCCUGCUCUUGUCACAUCUCAGAAGCUAAGCAGGACUGGUGCUUGGAAGGGAGACCAUCAAAGAAGACUCUGCAAAGAAAGAUAAUGGCAAACCACCUCUGCCUUGAAAAGCUCUUUGUUGGGGUUACCACGAACUGCCUGGGACUUGACAGCCCUUUACAUACACCUUUGAACUAUUUGAAUAGUGUUUUCCUUUCAGUUCAUUGUGAUAUUACGAGUAAUAGUGUAACUUGUGGUUUGAUAAAACACAUUAUUAAUCAGUUGAAAUAAAUAUUGUAUGGAAUAUGCA